UCAGGAGGAUGUGAACUACAGCAUUCGGCGGGCGUCCUCGUCAGGAGGUGAAAGGCGUGGAAUGGAGAUCCUCUUGUACAUGAUGCUGUGACCUCUGCUCUCACCCGUUUCCCAGCCUCUGAUUGGUGGAAGCGGCACCUGUAUCAUCAUGCAGCAGGCCUAUCAGAAGCUGCCGUCGCAGCUCAGAUCCAAUUCCAGGCUCAAGAAGCUCACGGCUGUACUGCUCACUGCGUACGCAGUGAAAAAACUAUCUCCACUCGUGUGGAAGAGGCUGCAGGCAGCUGCAGGAUGUAAACAGAAGGGUGGGACUACUCCCCAGAUGGGUGUGGUCAGCAGUUCAUCCAGCUCAGAUCUGACCAAUCACAGCAAAGCCAAAAAGAAGAGCAGAUCUCCCGCUGUGAACCGUGAGUUCUUCCUUCGUCUCUCUCGCCUCCUGAAGCUGCUGUUCCCUCGUCUGCUCUGUCCGGAGAUCGCUCUGUUAGUCCUGCACUCUCUCACACUGAUGACCCGAACCUUCCUCUCCAUCUACGUCGCUGCGCUGGAUGGAGUGAUUGUGAAGUGUAUCGUCCAGAAAGAUCCUCAGGCUUUCAUACUACAACUAGCCAAAUGGCUGCUUGUCGCUGUUCCCGCCACUUUCAUCAAUAGUGCCAUCCGCUUUCUGGAAGGUCAGCUGAGCCUGAGUUUCAGAAGCCGAUUGGUCAACCACGCCUACCAGCUCUACUUUACUAACCAGACAUAUUACCGUGUGUCUAACAUGGAUGGGCGCCUGUCAAACCCAGACCAGUCUCUGACAGAGGACAUAGUCAUGUUCUCUGCCUCCGUGGCUCAUCUGUAUUCUAACUUGACCAAACCCAUUCUGGACGUGGUGGUCACCUGCUACACCCUGCUGCGUACGGCUCAGUCUAAAGGAGCAAACACCACAUGGCCAUCUAUAAUUGCCGGCCUGGUGGUGGCGCUAACGGCCAAAGUGCUGCGCUCCUGCUCCCCUCGCUUUGGUAAACUGGUGGCAGAGGAGGCCAAGCGGAAAGGAGACCUGAGGUACAUGCACUCCCGGAUCAUCGCCAACUCAGAGGAGAUCGCCUUUUACGGAGGGCAUAAGGUGGAGAUGUCUCAGCUGCAGAGGAGUUAUGCAGCCCUGUCCUCUCAGAUCCAUCAGAUUCUGCUGAAGAGACUGUGGUACGUGAUGCUGGAACAGUUUCUCAUGAAGUACGUGUGGAGCGCCUCGGGGUUAGUCAUGGUCGCCGUCCCCAUCAUCACUGCCACCGGAUACCAUGAGAACGACUCUGAGGAGGUGAAGCAGGCAGCCAUCUUGAUGAAGGAGGAGGAGCUGGUGAGUGAGAGGACUCAGGCAUUCACCACAGCCAGGAAUCUCCUGAACUCAGCAGCUGACGCCGUGGAGAGGAUCAUGAGCUCCUACAAGGAGGUGACGGAGCUGGCAGGUUACACGUCCCGAGUAUCUGAGAUGCUGGAUGUGUUUGAAGAUGUUAAUAAUGGAGUGUACAGAAGGUCUUCGGACAGAGAUGAGGAGGAGGAGGGAAGGGGAAGCAGAGAGGAGCAAGCUGUGGUGCUGCAUGGACAUAGGGUCAGCCAGCUGCACAUCAGAGGUCAGGUGUACAGUAUGGAGAAGGGUAUCCGCUGUGUAAACCUCCCGAUCAUCACUCCCACAGGAGACGUGGUGGUGUCCAGCCUCAACAUACAGGUUGAAGAUGGCAUGAAUGUCCUGAUCACGGGUCCAAAUGGCUGUGGAAAGUCGUCUCUCUUCCGGAUACUGUCUGGACUGUGGCCUGUGUAUGGAGGAGCUCUGUACAGACCUGAGCCAGAGCACAUGUUCUAUAUACCACAAAGGCCGUACAUGUCGGAGGGCACUCUGAGGGACCAGGUCAUCUACCCAGACUCUGUGGAGAACAUGAGUAGCAGAGGGAUCUCAGACUCUGAUCUGGAGAAGAUCCUCAGGACGGUCCACCUGCUCUACAUUCUGGACAGAGAAGGAGGCUGGGAGGCAGUGAGUGACUGGAAGGAUGUGUUAUCUGGAGGAGAGAAACAGAGGAUGGGCAUGGCUCGGAUGUUCUAUCACCGACCCAGAUAUGCUCUCCUGGACGAGUGCACCAGCGCUGUCAGCAUCGAUGUGGAAGGAAGCAUUUUCGAGGCCGCAAAGGAUGCUGGGAUAGCUCUGCUGUCAAUUACACACAGACCCUCACUGUGGAAGUACCACUCUCACCUCUUGCAGUUUGACGGCGAGGGCGGAUGGAAGUUCGUGCCUCUCGACGCCUCCACUCGUCUGUCUCUGCAGGAGGAGAAGCAGCGAUUGGAGACGUCUCUGUCCGGAGUUCCCAAAAUGCAGCAGCGGCUAGCUGAGCUGUGUGUCCUGUUAGGAGAGAAGGAGGGAGAAAACGAGGGAAGAGAGGAACAAGGAGAGGAAUGAGGAGAGAGAGCACAAACAGAAUGCACCCAUUUCUCUACCCUUGUGUAUUACUGUGAAAGCAUUUAUACAGUGAACAGACUGAAAUAUUUAGUGAAGACAUUUACAUUACACCUAAGGCUGUAUCCAAAUUAGCCACGUUUCACCUUAUCGUUAUGUUAGUGUUAACAUGAAGCCACGCUUUUAAAAAAGAUUCAGUGUAAUAAUUUACAUAAAGUAGGUUAAGGCAUAAGGCCUUAAUGUCCAUUUAUUAAUAUUAAUUAUUGUAAUAUUCCAUAUUCUAUUACUGAAAUUAUCUUGUUUUAUUGAAUAAUAAUUCCAAAUUUAAAAGUGAAAGUUUUAGUAUUUAUUUAUUAAUAAUUCUAACAGAAGGUAUAAAGAGAUUAGAGAUAAAGAUUAUUUUAUGCAAGCAGAAAACCACUAUGAUUUAAGACUUUAUCAUUAUGUUUUCACAAAUGUUUAAAAAAAAAAAAAAAAAAACUGAGUGGAUUAAAAUUGUAUUUCUAAAGAGAAGACAAAUCAUCUUUAAAACUAACCACAAUAUGCCUUAUUUAGAUUAAAUAUUUUUCAAUGUUUGUGAAGAGGUCAAUUUAUUCUGUGCCAAUUACUGCCUUUUACUGUUCAAUGUUGUACAGUAAUAUAAGAUAUUAAUUAACCAGGUCAGACUCUAAUCAAUGUAAAGAGCUGCUGGACGUUAUUUUAAAUGUUUUUAUGAUGCUGAGUUAUUUGUAUUUAAUAGAAAAUAAAUGCAAUUAAUC